ACUCUACGCCACCUCCCCACUCUACGCCACCUCCCCACUCUACGCUACCUCCCCACUCUAUGCUACCUCCCCACUACGCUACCUCACUACACUUCGCUACACUACCUCACUACACCAUGCUACACUACCUCGCUACACCAUGCUACACUACCUCGCUACACCACGCUAUACUACCUCACCACACUAUGCUACACCACACCACGCUACACUACCUCGCUACAUUACCUCACCGCACUACGCUACCUCACCACACUACCUCACCAUACCACGCUACACUACCUCACCACACUACGCUACCACACUACCUUAUCACACUACGCUACCACACCACCUUAUCACACAGCGCUACCUCACCUCACCACACUACCACACCACCUUAUCACACCACGCUACCUCACCUCACCACACUACCUCACCACACAUUACUACCACACCACACUACUAAAAACUCCGCUUUUACCUUUCUAGACAUCUCAAUCUAGUGUACUUCAAGUCUGGUCCUUGGGGUGUGCAGGCUUUUGUUCCAGACCAGCACUAACACAACUGAUUCAACAAAUCAAAAGUCUUGAUGUCAAGUUGAAUAACAGCAUCGGGUGUGUUAGUACACACCCGGAAUGAAAGUCUGUGGGUCCUCAUAACCAGGACUGAAGAACAGUGCUUUAAUCCUAGACUCGUCACCUUGCCACACAUUACUAUCUAGUCACUGAAGCUGGAGUGUCUGUCCUUUGAAGAUUAACUUGAGCAUGGUUAGACUUGAGCGUUCGUAUUAAGCUAAACAAUUAUAAUGGUUCUUCUGAAACCUUCCCUGCUGGUAUACAGUUGACUCAUUGAUAAAGUAGUGAAUGGCAAUGACCCAAAUGGCACCCUAUUCCCUAUAUGGUGCACUGCUUUUGACCAGAGCCCUAGGGUGCCAUUUGGGACACGGCCUGUGUGUGUGUAUGAGUGAGGAGUCCUAGCUAACUGCCCUCUCUGUUCUCCCCACAGGGGGUGCAGUGUCAGGCUAGUCGGGCAGUGUCUCUGGGGCAAGUACCACAGACGGCGGGAGGAAUAUCAUCUUUAGCCGCUAAUCCCUGCAAAUUCGAGGAGAGAAAAAGUGCCUGGGUGGAAAGCGAGCAGUGUCACUAUUGGCCUUAAGAGCCAGACAUGAUUCAUUCUAAUCCUCAAAGUGAAGGAUAACAAGUGGCCCAGACUCCUGUGACCUCUCAUCCCACCACCACCUCCUUCACCUCCACUCUGUUCGAGUCAUUUCCUCUAACCUCUAAACUGUGUAUCGUCCUCCAUUCCCCCCGGCUGGUUCAAUCUAUACAGACACAGACUGACUGGAUGACCAUCUGGACCUAUGGAAGUCAACAUGAAGACAACAUAAACCCACCAGCAGAGAGGCCUUGAAGACUGACUCUCCUGCCAGAUGCUACUCUGGAUGGGGUUGGAGGCUGUAGGCUGUUAGGCUAGCUAGGCCAUGCUGCUCUCUGUGCCGUCCUCCUCUCCCAUGCUGCUUCCAGGAGACUUACGGCCUACAAACAUCAUUAUCGUCACCGCCAUCUUCAUCGCUCACCAAUGCCACAGGAAGUACGGUGCCUCGGAGGGGACUGACUGAACCUCAACUAUUACGGACAGAGUGAACUGGAAACACACACACACACAAACAGCCCCUUCAGCUGUAGAACAGACAAAGACAGAAGGCAAAGAGAUACGAAGCACUGAGAGGAGGGCGGGAUUAUGGCUGCCGAGAGUCUGACCGAGCUCCGUGAUUGUCUCUUUCUGCUCCUCCUGUGCCUGACUCUAUUGGCCGAGAUGCUGGAGUUGGCGGCGGCAGCAGUUGCCAUGGAGGAAGGCGAGGAAGACUUCCCGUGCCCGUCAGUGUGCCGGUGUGACGAGGGCUUUGUCUACUGUAACGACCGGAGCCUGAGCAUGAUCCCUCCUCUACCGUUAACGGCUACCGUUCUCUACCUACAGAGCAACCGGUUGGCCAACUCCGGCCUGCCGGCGUCGUUAGAGCGCAGCAGUAGUAUCCGUGUGGUCUACCUUUACGCCAACCAACUAGACGAGUUUCCUAUACACCUGCCGCCGUCGCUACGGGAACUACACCUGCAGGACAACAACAUUCGGACGUUGCCGCGCACGGCGUUGGCCAGGUUACCGUUGCUAGAGAGGCUACACCUGGACGACAACUCCAUCUCCACAGUGAGCAUUCAGGAGCGGGCCUUCUCCGGUACGCCGCGGCUGAGGUUACUCUUCCUCUCCCGGAACCACCUGUCCAGCAUCCCAGCCGGCCUCCCGGCUUCUUUAGAGGAGCUGAGAUUAGACGACAACCGCAUCAACACCAUCCCCACCCACGCCUUCCGGGGCCUGGCCUCACUGAGACGCCUGGUCCUGGACGGGAAUCUCCUGGCCAACACCCGCAUCGCCGACGACACCUUCUCCCGCCUGGCCAACCUCACGGAGCUGUCGCUGGUCCGCAACGCCCUGCAGGCCCCGCCCAUCAACCUGCCCAGCACACACCUGAUGAGGCUGCACCUGCAGGACAACGGACUGAUUCACGUGCCCCGGGGGACCCUGGACGGGAUGAGGAGGCUACAGCGGCUGGACCUGUCAGGGAACAACCUGACCACUCUGGCCCGGGGGCUGCUGAGGGACACGGACGGCCUGGAGCUGUUGCUGCUCCGGGGGAACCCCUGGUACUGUGGCUGCAACCUGCGCUGGCUCCACACUUGGCUGUAUGGCCGCGGGGCGGCGGUGAUAGUACGGGGCCUGACCUGCCACGGGCCGGAGGCGGUGCGAGGCCAGGCCCUCAGGGACCUCUCUGGGCUCAUGGACCAGUGUGAAGGCCCCCCAGGAGGGGUGAACAGUGUGGGGGGUAGAGGAGGUGGUGGUCUGGGACUUGACACUGUCACUAGUACUACCACCUUUCCCCCCACCCAGGGCUCUCUGUUCACCCUCAGAGCCAUACGGCCGGGCCUGGUGAAGCCAUUACCACCGGGAGGAGAGGCGGGAGGUCAUGCCUCACACAACGCUCUAGAACUCACCGUGAAGCCUCUGUCGGCGGACAGUGUGCAGGUGACGUGGCUGUGCCCGCGGCCGGCGCCCUCCUUCCGGCUGUCGUGGCUGAGGCUGGGCAGCAGCGCCGCUCUGGGUUCCAUCACAGAGACGCUGGUCCCCGGGGAGAGACAGCAGUACCUACUGACCCAGCUCACGCCACGAUCACACUACCUCAUCUGCCUGCUCCCCCUGCGCUCCACCUCCUCCCACUCUGGAGGGUCACAGAGAGGACAGCAGCAGGAAAAGGACACAACAGACCAGACCCCUGUCUGCUCUCAGAUAGAGACGGGGGAGGCUCUGCGCCCCGAGGGGGGAGACGGGGGUGAGGACUCGGACACAGAGAUGGCAGCCCUCCCCCUGGCCGAGAUCAUCGGCGGAGCCACGGCCCUGGUCUCCCUCAUACUCAUCUUCGGCAUCUUCUGCUGGUACGGCCAGCGUGCCGGGUAUGUCUCCGGGGAAACAGACUCCUAUGGGGUCAGAGGUCAGCGCGGGGUCGGGAAGCCGUACGAUGACUACGUGGAGUCGGGUACUAAGAAGGACAGCUCCAUCCUGGAGAUCAGGAGCCCCGGCUUUGCCAUGACGCCCAUGAUGACCCAUCAGCCACUGCAACCCAAAGGAGGGGAGGAUGUGACCUACGUGCACACCAUCUUCCCCUCAACGCACAGUAACGGCACCUACCGGAGCAACCAGAGUCACAACGGCAUCAUCACCCAACUGGGUCACACGGCAGGCUACGGGACCAACCAGGGUUACCGGGAGCAAGGGAUGAUCCCGGAUAUAGAUUACACCUACACGUGAUGACAUCAUCUCAGACACACUUCUCCCACCCCCACCGGUUGGAUGCCGUUCUAAGGAUACGGUUCCAGCAGGCGGUUGGUUGGUUGGUCUCCUUGGUUCCAAAGUACCCUCUGUGCCUCCUCAGUUCUGCUCUGAAUCUUAUUGAUCUGUUACUAGCUGACUGGCUUGGGUUGCUGUGUCUCCACAGGGCCACCCCACAUGUUAGCUGGGUGACAGAGGUGUUUCAGUGCUUCUCAUGUUUAUACAUUGUUUUGAGGUCUCAGUAUCUUUACAGCUACUGUACUCUUCAUUCUAUUCCAUAAAAGACAGUAGUUUGAGGUGGAUGUUUAGGCGUAGGCAGACGCUAAAAGGCAAAUAUAUUCCAGAGAGAAACACUUGUGUAGACUGCUACACUAUAUAUAUACAAAAGUAUGUGGACACCCUUUCAAAUUAGUGGAUUCGGCUAUUUCAGCCAUACCCGUUGCUGACAGGUGAAUAAAAUCAAGCACACAGCCAUGAAAUCUCCAUAGACAAACGAUGGCAGUAGAAUGGCCUUCCUGAAGAGCUCAGUAACUUUCAACGUGGUACCGUCAUUGGAUGCCACCUUUCCAACAAGUCAGUUCUUCAAAUUUCUGUCCUGCUAGAGCUGCCCCGGUCUACUGUAUGUACUGUUAUUGUGAAGUGGGAAUGUCUAGGAGCAACAAUGGCUCAGCUGCAAAGUGGUAGGCCACACAAGCUCACAGAACAGGACCGCCGAGUGCUGAAGCUCGUAAAAAUGGCCUGUCCUUGGUUGCAACACUCACUACAGAGUUCUAAACUGUCUCUGGAAGCAACGUCAGCACAAGAACUGUUAGUCGGGAGCUUCAUUAAAUGGGUUUCCAUGGCCGAGCAGCCGCACACAAGCCUAAGAUCACCACGCGCAAUGCCAAGUGUCGGCUGGAGUGGUGUAAAGCUCGCCGCCAUUGGAGUCUGGAGCAGUGGAAACGCGUUCUCGAGAGUGAUCACGCAUCACCAUCUGGCAGUCCAAGGACGUAUCUGGGUUUGGCAGAUGUCAGACGAACACUACCUGCCCCAAUGCACAGUGCCAACUGUAAAGUUUGGUGGAGGAGGAAUAAUGGUCUGGUGAUGGUGAUUAUGGAAUGAGAUGUUAGACGAGCAGGUGUCCACAUACUUUUGGUCAUGUAGUGUAUACAACUACCUACUUCUGUAUGCGCUGUGUAGACACACGGGUAAAGGGUUUGAUGGUACUAGUCACAACAACUCAUCACUGACUGACAGAAAAUAUAUUUGUUCCUAUCUUAGACCUCUACUUUUCUCUUUCCCCUCUUGUUUUUAUAUUUUAUUUCUCUGUUUAUUUUGUGCUGCAGAGAGAGAGGGAACGAGAGAGAGAUAACUUUGUUCUAGCUGAGAAGAGCUGAUAGCAGCUCUGAGGGACAUGGGCUCCUACUGCAGCGCUGCCUGCCUGGGGACUCUAAUGAGAGGGAGAGAUAGGAGUAAGCAAAGGGAGGUUAAAAAGAGAGACGGAAUAAUUGAGGAAGGGGGGAUAAUAAAAGAGGGAAAGGGUAAAAAGGAAGAAUAUAGACCCUGAUCCUUCGAGAGAGAGAUAAAGAGAGAGGGAGAAAAAGUAGGAAGCGAGAUAGACAAAAGAGGGAGAGCAAAAGGAGAACUAAUGGUAGAGGGAAACUGUGAAAAGGGUAGGAUAUAGCUAGGCCCUGAUCCAAACCCUGCUACUUCUUAACAGGACCAGUUAAUUUCUACUUGACCUAUCACUGAUAUUUUAGUACAGGAAGGAGCAGAAAGUGAAGAGAGUGUAUUCAUCAAACGUGCCCAUCUUUAAAGACAAAAAAUUGUUAUUACAAGGUCAUGGAAUAAAAUAAUUGCACAUAUUGGCGUUUCCCUUAACAUACAGAACACCAAUAUUAAAGGAUAUAUCCUCUUGCUUAUUGCAUGUCAUCAUAAUAUGAACGGCAAAGGCAUGUUAACUGGACAAUCAUACAGAAAUGUCUGCAAUCAAAUUAAGUAAAUCACCCCAAAGUAAAAGGCAUUUUCUAUUGGUUGCGAUUAGGAAAGAUGAAGAAAAAAAACCAUGCGUUUACAGUGAUGUACACAUUUACCACACAAACAUCUGAACACAGCAAGCUGUAAUAGCCGUACCAUUAUAUCUACUUAGUAUCUACUUAGUAGCUCUGUGUGCAUCAUAGUCAGUCAUUUAGAUCCAGCGACACAGACACAGUCAGGUCACACAGGUAGGGGGGGGG